AUGGACCCCUAUAAUACCCCAGAAGCUGUUCUGCAGCUCGGUGUCAUCAACCCAGAAGUAGAGCAGAUUCUCAAAGAGAACCCAGCCCCUGACCUCUCUUCAGACCCUCCGCAUAUUCUACGCGCAGGCGCAGACAUUGGAGACAGGCUGGCAUGCGAGAGGAAGCCCGCCUCGCAUGGGACCCAUGAGUCGAUCAUGACCAUCACGCUGCGCGAUGGCUACGAAAGCGAGCUUCGCAUCGUCAAGCCGCCCAACCCGCAGCCUAAUUCCCCGCUCGUAGUUCUGAUCUACGGCGGUGGAUUCUUCACUGGCUUGAACAUCCAGCUCCUGCCCUGGGCCAAGGCAACUGCAGCUCUUUACAAUGCGACUGUCGUUCUGCCCUCGUAUCGUCUGGCCCCGGAGUAUAAGUUCCCAACUUCGCAUCACGACAUCUGGGAUACCGUCAAAUGGCUUGCUGCCAAUGCCUCGUCUUUGGGCGCCGAUCCUUCGCAAGGCUUCGUCAUCGGCGGUUCCUCGGCUGGUGCCAAUCUCGCUGCGGUGACUGCUCACCGCGCAUUGAGAGAGAACCUCUCGCCUCCCCUGACGGGUGUGCUGGCUAAUAUCCCACCUUUGCUGGAUGAGCAUAUCGUGCCGGAUAAGUACAAGCACCUUUUCCUAUCUCGUGAGCAGAAUGGGAAUGGCCCCGUGUGCAAUUCUAAGGAUUUGGAGGUUUGGAUGAGUUGGUGGCUGCCCGAUUUCCGAUCUGUUGAUUAUUCUCCUGUGAAUUCGGAUGUCCCGCUUGCGGGCUUGCCGCCUCAUGUUGUGAUGGUUGAUGGCAUGGAUACCUUGCGUGAUGAUGGUUUGAUUUAUGAGAAAAUGCUCCGGGAUAAUGGAGUUGCUACUCGUCUCGUUGCCUGGCCCGGUAUGCCCCAUGGCCAUUGGGGUAUGUUCCCGCAACACUCGCUGUCGGACGUAGCCCAGAUUGAUACUAUAUCAACCAUUGGAUGGUUGCUUGGAAAUGAGGUCGCAAGGGAGAAGGUCGAGAGCAUUUGGAAUGAGGAGGCAUAG